AUGUGCCAUGACUCUCUACAAUCUUUGUUGGCUGUUGGAACUGCCGCUGGAUCCAUUCAUGUUUGGGGUGCACCUGGUGUGUAUCUCACUUGGAAAAACAGACCGGCUCAUGAGAUCAAACAUAUCUCCUUCAAACCCGGUUCUUCACUCAUCUUUUGUAUAGUGUCCCCCGCUCAUUCUCAUCUCUUCCUGGGUCUCAAAGAUGGAACAGUGGAUUGUUUUGAUCUCGAUAGAGGUGUCACAUCUCCUUAUCGAAUUCGAAAUCUCUGGCUUGAGCACGAUGAAAUGUUGAGGCGAAGUGGCGUACCGGAUGCACCUAGUCGGAGACACAUUCCAGUCUGUACCGACCUAAAGUGUCAUCCGCUAGACCUCAAUCUACUCCUCAUAGCUCAUGAAGGCGGAAUCACUCUUUACGAUCUAAAACAACAAUCUGCGAUAAGAUCAUACGAAUUAGUCAUUCCACCAGGCGCAAUUGGUUCAACCAGGAACUCAAAUAGUCCAUUGAUCUUCGAAGAACGCAGACCCAGUGUCACAUGUUUAGCUUUUCGUCCAGAUGGAGAGAUGUUUGUAUCAGGUCAUUUGGAUGGAUGUCUAGCUUUUUGGUCACUUCAUGAUGGCGAUGUUCCCAUCUUGGUCCGUACAAUGGAGCGAGAAGAUGCCUUAGUAUUUGACUGGGGUGAGACUGAGUCUAAAGUCGACCAGAAACCUUCCAACUCUCGAUUAACACCCGAAGAGCCGACCAGGGAGCCAAUCUUUCGGAUUGCUUGGAGCUCAUUUCCUUCUGAAUCCAACUCAUCAGGCCUCAGCAAGAACCCUAUCUUCUCUGUCGACAAUUUAGACACUAGCGAUCAGCCUAGAUCUUCAAAGGAUGGAACUCUCUUGACUGUUCUAGGCGGCCUCAUGUCAGGCGAUCCGGUGGGGGUCCAUGUGUUUCACCUUCCAGCUUAUCACUCUGCAAAUAUCACGAAAGAGAUGACACCUGAACUUCGCGAGUCACUUCGAGCAUCCACAUCGCCAUCUGGUCAUUCUAUUUAUUUGACUUCAGAGACCCCAGAGGAUUUCCUUUUGAUACCACGAAGCAAUCCUUACUUCGAUGGCUCACAUGAUCCGAUCAGUAUCAUCAUCAACUGUACCGCCCAGAUUGAUGUACCUCCUCGUUUUUCUACUGGCAUACCGUCAACGGAUCACUCUGGAGUUGAUUCUAAACCCUCCGUCUCAGAUCGUUCUCUUCGCGCCUUUACAUUCCCUCCCAGCCUAAAACAUGAACCUAGGGAGCUCCAGCUACCUGGGACCUUCGAUUGGAUCGGAUCAAACACCGUUAUUGCUUGCGAAGUAUUUGAGCUGCCAGAGACUGCAUACCAUAAAUUGCUAGAGCCUACUCCCGACUCCAGUUUAGGUCGGAAUGACGUGGCAAGAUUACCUCUGAAUGGAGGAAAAGCAGGUAUCUCACCAGCUUUUAGAUCAGAUCAUGCCACUUCAUCAGAAUUGAUCACUGAAUUUCAGCAAAAGUUCCGAAUCAUGGUCACCGUUCAUAUGAACAAGAAGAUUAGGUUUUGGGACUUUAGUAUGGGAUUACUCUUGCCUAUCAAUCCGUCCAAUCGGUCUUCAACCGACGCUAUCUAUUCUACCCCGGGAAAGUUAAAAACCGAGUUUCCAGCCAGGUUGGACCAUCUUACCAUUGACUUGAAUAUUUUCCUAGAUCAGACCUCAAACCUCUAUCCUCGUCAACAUUUGGAUCAACCUGUUCGAGUCUUCCUCAGUACAGAAAGUUUAGAUCUUGUUCUCACCUUUCCUGAUCAUCAAAUUUUGGUUUAUUCGUUCCAUCAAGCCAAAUACAUUUCUCCUCAAAAGACAAAUAUCGCCUCAGAUCCUACUCAAUUCACCUUGUCAACAGGAGAUCCUACCUCCGCUAUCCUGGUUGAUGGGCACGAGUUAGAUUCAAAGACGACAACCUCUGAUGAACCGCAGGGCGCAGUGGAAGCUGCUGAACCGCAGGUCUCAUCAGAAGCUGCGCAACUGAAGACUGUCAUGGAGGAUUCAGAAAAAGACAUUUCGAAACUAAAGGUCUCCCUUCCCCCAAUCGAUACUGAUGUUACUACCGAUCCAAAGCCCCAGGAAGCCACACCAAGUACUCCUGUCGGUAAAACUGCUCCACCUCCGCCUCGCCCACCUCGCUCAGGUAGACGGGUGGUAUCUACCAGCUGUACACGUUCAAAUACACCAGAAAUAACAGCAAAUGUCUCGAAUACAGCACAAAUGGAAGAGAAAGUGCUUCAAAACAGUAUUGGACUUGAUCUCUCGGACAUUCAAUCUUAUUAUGAAACCCAAGCGUGCUUUCGUCCAAUGAUUUGGCUUAAGAAUGAAUCAACUACCAAUGAAUUGGUCGUAGCAAUAUCUGAUAUGGGAUUUAUGGCCAUAGCUCAAGCAGAUCAAACGACACUCAAAGUAUAUGAUCUGAGAAAUCAAAAGCUCUUGCUUGACGAUCAAGUGAUUCCUCAAAAUCACAACGCAGGGAAAGGUAAACAGAAAUCCGAGGAGAAAAGAAUUCGAUGUUUGAGAUGGGCGGUUUCUGCUCUCUAUACUGCUGUGACUGUGUAUGCGGAUUUAACAGACUCUUUGAUGCUUCCUCGACUCUUGGUCGGAUAUGAGGAUGGCACAUUCGAUUUUCUAAAGCUCUACCUAUCACAAUCUCACAUGAUCGAUAGUUGGUCGGCCACCGGUUUAUCAAAUGAUAGCAUUGGUCAUGAAAAAAACGAAAAGGGAGAGAAUAACCCACCGAUUGGCUGUUUUGUUUUCGAUUCACAGGGCCAAAUUCAAUCAUCCAACUUGGCAAGCUUGCAGAGAGCUCUAUCAGAGGGGACAAGAAUGGAUCCGAUCACCGAUCAGCACCAUGACGGAUCUUCUUCUAAAGCGAUCCAUGGACUAUUAGUGAUUGUAUCUCGUCGCUCAGUCGUGGUUAGGCUGAAUAUUAAUGGACCCCUAUUGCUCAAGAAGGAAAACCUCUCAAAUGAACCUGUUAUUCAAGCUACCAUUAUCAGGUAUCACACUUCAUGCGCUUUAUUGUUGAUUGAUGAGAAAAGGAUGUGCUAUGUGCUGUCGUUGCCACAUCUUGAUCAGAUAUGUAAAACAUUCCUUCCGGUAAUCAAUGGCGUAGGUCGAUUGACAAUCGAUUCAUCGGCUGAUGUGAUUGAACAAGUGGAUUUGGCGACGAUCCAUUUGACUACGCUGUUCGUUGGGAGAGACUCCGCAUACUUGCCUUCUGUUACUGCUCACAAUCCUAACAUCAAGACACCUGAGCCCCCUCACCCUAGGACCUCAGCUCUUGCAGCAGCUUCGACCUUGGCAUCUAACCUAGUAUCAUGGUUACAAGGAGCUAAUGUAGCUCAACAUAGUUCGAACAAUCAUUAUCCAAAUGAUCUAAAUCACUCAUCAUCCAUUCGAAUCACUGGUGCAGAAAUCGAUUCAAUCUUAGCCGGACCACUUCGACCAGAGAAACCAAUCUCAUCAUUACAACCACCUACCCAAUCUAGAAUCUCACACGUGAUGAUUCCUACUCAUCAAACCAAGUCAAUUACAAAUUCAAAUGCAAACACAAAUGAUCAACUUUCACAAAACUUGAAUGAAUUAAAUCAACGCGGAGAUAGAUUAGAAACCUUGAAUGAAAGGUUUGAUGAUUUAUCGAAUGCUGCUUCACAACUUGUUCAACAAGCUAAACGGAUUGGACAACAACAAGCUAGCAAAUCAGCUUUUAGUUCAGGAAUUUCUGGGGUGAAAUCGUUUUUUAAAUGA